AUGGAACGAGUCGUGAUCGUCGGAGCAGGUCUGUACGGUCUUAUCGCAGCGAAGACAUAUCUACAACUGGUUGGGACAUACGACGGUGAAAGUACAGCCACAGAUAAAAUCGCCGAAAUCCCUAGCUGUUUUACUGAGAACAUCGACGCUUUGCCAACGGCCCCAUCCGAAAGUCGCCUUCUUGUGAUCGAUUCGGCUUCGGAUAUUGGGGGUACUUGGGCAGAGGAGCGCCUUUACCCAAACUUGUUAAGCCAGAACUCAUAUGGACUUUAUGAAUUCAGUGACCUGCCUCUUUCAGACGUUGUUCCAGAGGGACAUGCAGAUGACACACAGAGUCAGUUCAUUGCAGGCUGGAAGAUCAACCGUUAUCUCCGUAUAUGGGUUGAGAAAUGGCAGCUCAAAAAACACAUACGAUUGAACUGGACGGUCGACGACAUCAGCCGUCUAGAAACCAAAGAGUGGAAGCUCAACAUCAGUGUAUCCACGUCCCCGUGUCGGCGCAUCACCAUUAUCUGCGACAAGUUGGUCCUGGCUACAGGGCUGACCUCCGUACCGAAUAUGCCCGACACGAAGGGGUCAUCAAUGGGCUCCGAUAACCCUGUUCCAGUCAUCCAUGCCAAGGAUGUUGGAGACUGGGCAAGGAAACACCUGGGAUAUCAGCCGCUGAAAGCACCCGACUCCAAGGCUUUUUGCACCGCAGCGAAAUAUUCUCCUUACCCACAGCUGCGGUCGGUUGCUAUUUAUGGUGGUGCGAAAUCAUCCUUUGAUCUGGUGCAUUUCUUUGCGACUCUACAUCGCAACGACUCAAAGCUACACCUCAAGUCUACACAGGAAAAUCCCGUCCAAGUACACUGGAUUAUCCGUGAUGGAGGUGUAGGGCCCGCGUGGAUGGUGCCGCCAAUGUCUACUCUCCCAAAUGGCGACACUGUUGCAAGCGAUAAGGCUGCCAGCAGUCGACUGCUCACCCAUCUCACCCCGUGUUGCUACGAGACUCCAAAACGUCUGUCUCUCGGACCCUCCGGGGUUCUUCGCUGGGAGGGCUCAUGGCUAGCGCGGCUAUUCCAUGGCAACCCAGUAGGUCGAUGGUGGAUUCGUUGGCUCUGGCGAUCAAUUGACAAAGGCUUGGAGGAAACGGCACAAUAUGGUUCAGAUCGCAAGAUGGAAAAGCUUCGCCCAGAGAACAGUGUUGUCUCGUGUGCAUCCGGUAUUGGUAUCGCAAACCAAGGAGAUCUCUGGGAAACAAUUCGAUUACCCCAUGUCAACGUGUACCGAUCAGCCAUCACAGGUAUCGAUGCUACCAGGGAGAAAACCACAGAUUCAUCGAUAAAAGCUUCAGUGCAUUUGUCAGACAGCAGUUGUAUUGAUGAGGUUGAUCUGGUCAUCCACGCGACCGGAUAUAAGCCAAUAGUCCCGAUUCGGUUUGAACCUGUAAGUCUCCGUCUAGAACUGGGCCUGUCAGCCCUGGUGAACACGGGAGGCAAGGAUAUCCGCGAGAAUCGUGAAAUUCCGGUGGAAACACCAGAGAGAAUCAAUGGACCACUCGAAUCAGCCAUAAAUGACCGCAUCGAACACUGGGAGGAUCUAGAUCGACGUUCCGAGGUCAUGGUCAGGAAGACUUUGAAUGCGACGAGAUGCGCUCUCACAGAUCGGAGUUCCCCUUCAUGGGCCGAAUCUCACAAGCUGGUACCAUAUCGCCUAUUCCGCCGUAUGGUUGCACCUGAAUUAGUCGCACAAGGCGACCGCUCCUUUGCAACGCUCGGCGUUAUUUUAUCAUCAACCAUUGCCGUUGUUGCAGAGGUUCAAGCUCUUUGGGUCGCGGCAUUUUUGACAGGAGGGCUCGACUCCACCGCGGACAUUAAGUCAACUCCACACCAGGCCCUCUCGCUCGGAAAUCUUUCGCUGGAGGCUAUGGAGAAUACUAUUUCCGAGGAUGUGGUCCUAGGCUCACUGACGGGAACUGGCCUUGAAGUUGAGGCCAUUCAGGUAUGGUUGUUGCGCAAAACCACGAGGAUAUGGUAA